CUCGCUUUUGUAGUUUGGGCGCCGAGAGGAGGCGUGAAAUCGAUCCGUCAGUGCGGUCCGAAGGCAGCCGGCCUUCCGUUCCGAACCACCGCUGGGAAAAAGAAAAGCGUCAAAUUCGUGCGCGACCGGAACCGCGAAACACCAAAACACGGUUCGAAAACACGCACCGCACGAGCUUCGGUGCAGACGAGAGUUCCGGUGGCGGGGACCAAUGGCGGUGUCGGCGUCUCCGCGGUUGCCAGGGGCGACGACCAAUGGGAAACCGGUUUUUCGGCUCGGCCUGCGAGCGUCUCGGCCGCUCGGCGGGAGCAGCGCACUCUCGCCAUUCCGUUCUGUGCCCCGUGACGCUUCGGAUGUUGGCGCGGUCUCUCGCUCUGAAAGCCGGCCGCUUCGGAUGCCAGUCGGAUUAGACAGAGGGACUUGGAUGAGCCGCAACGCCGCCUUGUGCCGCCGCGUCGGAGUGAACAGACGCUCGAGGAGUCCCAGCCCCAAGUGAAGGGCCUUCGCUUAAAGCAUCUGCUCUUUUUUUCUUUUUGUUCGCGAAGGGAUCGCCGCUUUUCCAAUGGAUACGAGCCGGUGGUCCACGCUCCUGCUUCUAGUGGCCCUCCUGCCGGCGGGGACCCGGUGCCAGACGGAGCCGACCACGAGGGGUGGAAUCGGUAGCGAUGUUUCAAGCCCUGCGCCAAGCGCGGUCGUGGAACCCGUUACAACCUCAACGCUGAAUCCAUCUCGCGAUAAUUCAUUCGGCUUUACUACCCCGAGCGCGCCACUGGAAGACUACGAUAAAUUAAACGAGCUCGACAUGCAGGAUUCGGUUCAAAAGUCUCCUCCCAAGUCGAACAAGGACCUAACCGAGCGCUCGAAAGCAACAAAGGAAGACUCGACGAGCGUAUUGUCUUCUCCGGCGCCGGUUUUUGCUGGAACAGAGGCGCCACCGGGAGAACCCCGGCAAAUCGAGCUGCCAGAAAGACCUGUCGAGGACAAGCCGACAAGUACGUCCAGCGAGCCCCUUCCGGGCGAACCGGCGUCAACGCCCAUCGGACCAGUGCAAUUCCCGCUGACCGGCCCACCACCAGCGUCACCCUCCUAUUAUGGUGGUCAACCGGGCUAUGUCUCAGUGCCUGAGCAGCCAUCAUUUCUCUUCGGAGACGCCGGCAUUAAAGACACCUCGACCCCAACUGGUGAAUCAGGCACGCAGAAUUCAGGGCCCUCGAAUGGAUUUCCGUCAACGUACGAAAGGUUUCCUGGGACCCCGCUUGGGACAGCCAAUAGUGCUCUAAACCCAAAUUUCAUCCCACAAGUUGAUACUUCACCGGGAUCCGCCGCUGAAGUGGGACAAGGAAGCGAGGACAAUGCCGGGCAUUCAUUCACUCAGGAUGUUUCCAGCCAUGGUGAUUCGACGCUACCGGGCAGCGACGGCUUUCAUCUACCCACUGCUGAUACGCAAGGAGCCCCUGAUGAGACGCUGCAGCCUCAAUAUUACGGCGGUCCUAGUUCCUUUGGGUACGGCCUAGCAAAUCUUCCCGGACCCCCCACAGUCCCAGCACCAGCGACUGCUGACACCGCUGGUUUCAGCGCCCCCUUUAAUCAAGUAGUUCCUUCAGACGCAAAUAAUUCUGACAAACAGGCUGAGCCUGCAUAUUCAACGCUGACGACUCCACAACCGGAACUGCUUGGUGUUUCGAACACUGAUCAGUAUGUGCCUGAAAGAAAGAGCUCUGUGGAGAGCAUAGGAGCAAUAACGUCGAGCCCGGAUUCUGUACCAUCCAGUGGGAUCAGAGUGCUUGCUUUGAACGACUCCAAGACAGGUCGCUCUAUGAACCUCGAGGGCGGCAGUGAGCCUGUCACGACUACACAAACUAGCAUUUUGGACGAGCAAAAAUCGGGAAGUCCAAAUACGGCAACGUCAUCCAACAGCUCCGAUGUGGCAACUGCUUCACCGACGAGCGGCGCGCAAGAGACUGCGAAAGCAUUACCGACAUCCCCACCGGAGGCUGACGAAACCACCCAGCUUACGGAGGUUACAACAGAUAAGCAAAGUGCCGAAAGGAUCAGAGAGGGUGAAUUUCUUACCACGUUCCCCGAUCGAUAUCAUCCUACAAGCUCCGACGACGUGACAACGGCAGCUCCAAGCGAAACCACUUCUAGUCCGGAGUCAGCCACAACAUCUCUAAAAGCAGCGACGCUAAGCGGCACUGUUGAAACAACUGCUACUGGAACAGCAGAAAGAGUGAGCGAACUUGAUAUUCACGUGACAACAUCACCCACAAAUUCCGUGAGUACAUCAAUGAUUUCUGAUACGGAAAUCACCACUGAUAUGCCAUCGCCAUCAACACUGGCACCUGUGACAAUACCGCCACCAAAGUCAACACCAGGAACAGAUUCCCCAACCACUGUAGAGCAAACCACAACACAACAUAUCCUUACGGAGCCUUUUACUUCUGAACCCUCUACUUCAGCGCCCCCAGCAAUAGUGUCAACUACGAAAGAUCUGAAGUCGUCAGAACCGACCACUACAGGCUUAACACAUGAAGCAUCAACCCGAGCUGAACCAACUACAACCAUACCAACGACUAUAAACCCAACGACUUUAAAAUCGUCUGUGCUAGGGUCUUCGAAUGGAGUACCAACUGGCACAGAACCGACAACUUCAUGGCCUGCGACCACCCAACCAUCGGCCCCCGAGCGCCCGGACGCACAGCAAACAACAACAGCAUCAGCAACAGAAGUGCCAACGACCAUGAAGUUACUGACGGAAAGUUCGACACCUGCACAGCCAACGACCACAGAGAAGGUGAUUGUUGAUAUAGCAGCAGUAACAUCACCGACUGAAACGCCAAUAACUGAAGCGCCGACAACUGAAGCGCCGACGACUGCAGCACCAACAAUUGCCGCUCCAACGGCGUCAACGACUGAAGCGCCAACGACUGAAAUGCCAACGACUGAAGCUCCCAUGACUGAAGCGCCCAUGACUGAAACGCCAAUGACUGAAGCGGCAACGACUGAAGCGCCAAACACAAAAAUGCCAACAACUGAAACGCCAACGACUGAUGCGCCAACGACUGAAACGCCAACGACUGAAGCGCUAACGACUGAACCGCCAACGACUGGAGCGCCAACGACUGAACCUUCAACGACUCAAGCGUCAACGACGCAAACACGAACGACUCAAACACCAACAACAACAGGUUCAGGAGCAGAUGUCCCAACGACUACAGUCCCCAUGAUUGAUGUCCCAACGACUACCGUUCCAGCGGUGGAGACUACAGCAACUGAGGAGCCAAGUACUUUGGAGGCAACAACGGGAGACGGAGCAUCGCUACCAUCAGUUGUUCCAGUUUCAACAGUUUCAUCUGCCAGUACAUCCGCUCCAGAGACAUCAACUACGCCAAAGUCGGUGUCGACCACGCCUGAAAUGUCCACUCCACAAGACACGUCAGUGACAACUAGCAACGUCCUCUUCAGACCUGGACCCUCUCUUGUCGAAGAAGAGCAUACGACUCAAGCUGACACUGUGUCAGAGCCGCCGGUUGGUGAGACGACUACGGCAGGAGCCCUCGAUCUCUUGACAACGGUCUGGCACUCAGCCAGUCGUAGCCCCAAGCAACUUACCCAUCCGUUCACGUCUUCACCGGACCAGACCACGGAAGCGAUAACCACAGCAGCGGUCACUGAUGUGGUUUCUGACGCCGCAUUUACGACCGUGACGCCUCUGGACGCCGUCACGAUCUCGGAGAGCGGGGAACAAGAAACCACCUCCACGGGUGACCUGUUCACCAGCCUGUUCCCGGAGGUGAGCACGAGGGUGCGAGCGGCGAUGACCACGGAGGCUACGACGAACACGGCGCAUGUAGUAGAUCUGUCAGACAACUCCAUCGAGACGGAAACAGAUGCCACCAUCACCGCCAAAGUGUCCUGUCGCAUCGAAUCAAGGAACCUGACCGUGCCGUGCCUGCUGCCGCAAGAACUUAAUAACACUGUUACUGUGAAAUUUUCAGAGUGGGACCAUGGACGCACAGAGUCAUUCCGUGAAGAAGUGAAACGUCGUUUGGCGGAUUACUGCUUGCGGAAGGGGAUUCCUCUGGGCAUCACCACAAUUGUGUUUGUGGCCAAUGAGCACGGCAUGGAUCUCAUCUCCUUCUUCGUGAUGAACCAUACGAGGGGUUCCGUGGUACCAGCAGCAACGCUCAUUGCUUUCCUGAAUGAGACAAAGCCGACCCUUGAAGACGCGGUGAACCUGACCAUCACCGACGUGUACCUGGGCCUGCCGCUGAUGGAUGCAAAGACGGCGUCCACGGGGGUGGCCAGCAUUCUGGGCGGCCCCUUCAAGGCCCUCUACGUGAUCAUUGCCGCCUCCGUGGCGGCCCUCCUCAUCUUAGUUGUCAUCAUUAUCCUCAUGAUCAAGUGCCGCUCUCUCUCCUCCAACCAGUACUCUCCCGACGUCGAGAAGCUGACGAAGGACCUUCACAUGAGGUCUGAGAUUGGGGACCUGCGUCCAGGCGACGAAAUCCUCAAGGAAGAGGCCCAGCUCAAGGAUGCUUCCGCCUUUGUCAUCAACGGCAACGGAACCCACCUGACCCGAGAUGGAGACGGGUGGGUCGUGCCCUUCUCUCAGGUGCCCACGGAGGCCAAGAACGGUGUUCCCGACGCACAGGACACGAGGCUGUGAAGUGGCGCCGUUCCUACGAAUCUUGGAAACACAGGAGAGCGACCCAACGUGUGAUCAAGCGUUGAAAUGACUCUCGUGGUAGUGUCUCCAGAAGUCUUGGGACUCUUGGCCUUGACGGAGGCUUCCAGCGCUAUAAAGGGUCCAACCCGUUCCGACAGCAGAGAUGUCUUCUGUAGUCCCAUCAAGUCGCAAACGCUUUUGAGUCUGUGCCCUUUAAAAUAUAGGUUCCCGAUUUCUAGAGGAAGUUGAUGCUAGUUCGUAGGGUUUUUUCCAUACAGCUUGCAAGGUCACAAAAGGUAACGAAUACGUUCCAAGAAGCUUUGAUCUAGGAACAGGAGGUUCUGCCAAGGAAGUUGUUAAAGAUUGUGCUUUGUUUCAUCCUGCUUAUGAACUACAGAAGCAACGGAGUCUUUUUAAGCUUGUCAAUUUUUUCCAUUACUGCGUUAUCUGUUCGAUAAGUUGAACAUCUGAGUCUGGUGCAUUUUGGCUCACGAAGCAGUCAUGUAACCUCAGAUUGUUGGGUCAGCUGGGAGUGUGCUAAAACGAAAAAAAAAAAGAAAUAGUACACAUUUUUUUUUGAGGCCGACGUUUUAAUAAUUGAAAUGUUUGUAGAUUGUCUAACUCACAUUAAACUGUUUCGUUUGCAGUUAUGUUCAGCAGCAUCACAAUUAAUACCUGGGAUGAAUUCUUACUGCGGAAUUAAAUUCUACCCCUAAAACUAUCAAGUGAAGUUUAUAAAAACGAGGUUUUCUUUGCCUAAAACUUAUUUUGAACAUUCCAUCACCUCUGGCGCACACGUUCUAGAAUAAACUCUCAGAAAAACAUGAGCCGUCCCCCGCAAACGUUGCAAGAUUUCUUACUUUACACUCGCCAAGGUACCAAUAGGCAUGCCAUCAGUUUAGACAGUGCCAUUUUCUAACGUCUGCUAGAAGUGCCUUAAAUGUCGCCCCUUGUGUCAUAUGUUUUAGGUAUGCAUCCGCCUGUCAGUCCCUACAUGUCUGUGCACUUUGCUCCGCUCAAACAAUCUGAGAGGAUGACAGCGGUUGGUUUGGCAAGGCGCCGACAAAGAACUCUUUGAGGGCCGGAUUUUUGUUUUGGUAGUAAGCCGGCUUUAACACGUGACUUACUGCGCUGCGAGGAUGGUGCGUUCCCCUCCUGGGAGAGUGUCGUGGCGUUAAAUCACGUGCAACUGGCCUCAUGUGUAUAGCCUGCCGCAGGUCUAACUGAUAAGCAUAGCCGUAGAAGAGUCUCAUUUUGGAGGCACCACAGGCACUGCGUAUUAUGUGACGCGAGAGCUGGCUUUCUCGCGGCAUGCGGAAGAUUGAGCAAUAUUAGGUUUGUUUUGUUCCGGACUGCAUUGAGGCAAGGUCGUUAAAUUUGUGGAUGGCUGAGGAAUUCUUACCUAUCGUUCAUGUUUGGGUGACUUACGUGGAUAUGUUCUUGUCAAUCAAUUUUUUCUUUAUAUUUUCUGCGUGUUUAUAUUUGUGUGCGUGUGUGUGUGAGUGGCUUGGUGGCCUGGAAACGAGUUUCAAUUCACACUAAGAAAUUAGGAAAUCGGUCCAAUGUUAUGAAACUCGCAAUUACUUUAUGCGCGUUAUGACUCCACAUGUUAGACAGGGCACAUUUCUGGACCAUGUUUUGAAUGCAUACGUGCAUAAGUACACAAAUUGCAAGUGUGCUUUGAUACCUCUGGGCAGAGAAGGCUUGUAUACUGUAAACCAAGUGCCCAUGCAUAUUAUUCACAUUCCACUCAAUUGACUAACAUCUAGAAAUGCAAUAACAAAGAUGCAGCCAUUUCGACUGCUGUGUUGUGUCAAAAGAAACAUCCCGACCGAAAAAAGAAAAACAGUAUAACUUUUUACCCUUUUCAUUAUGGAAUUGGAAAUCUAACUGGAAUUGCUUCUGGAAACGUGAAAUUUAAGUUGCAGAAAAAGGAAUAAUUUCUAAAAACCUAAAGUCCAGGUAAAGUCCAGAUAUAUUUCCAGUUCCAUAACACAGAUAGCCAGAUUUUUACUGGGUUUUUGCGGUAAGGUUGUGUGUACAUAAAAUACCGUCGAGUGUUCGAGACUUGAACCAAAAUUACUGUGCGUUCCAUACAAAAUCAAAUCUGUUCAACUAUGCAUUCUGAUCCCAAGCGCACCACCGGGAUUACGCCAUAUGUUGUCUCAAUUUAGUUGUAACAUUUUCACUUAAAUUGCAAGGCGGCAUAUGGACCUCAGUCCCAGUUAUCAAUACUGUAUAGCACUAAACGUAUACUGUAAUAUUACAUAUUUUAGCGUGCCUUUCGCAGUGCUACAGAUGAUGCCUCAUUGGAUCAAUGAAAAAUAUACUUUUAUAUGUUAAUACCUUUUGCUCUCCAGAACCUCGAAAACAAGACUACACCGUUUUUCUUGGAUGAAUUGUAAUGUAGUGCAAUUGGAUUGCAGCUAGUCUUACGCGCGCAUUUUCUGAGUCAAGGAUUGUGCAUCAGGCUCGUGAAAGACGCUUUUGAUCUGCUGGCGAUAAACUUAACUUUUCCGUCCUCUUGGCUUAUAUCUAAUAUAAUGUUUCUGUGAUGUAAAUGAAUGAUUGCAAGCUUCUGCCGCUUCAUUCAUUAAGACGAUAGCUGACUUGUGUUGGAAGUCACAUUGUGUGUUUGGAAAGCGGUUGUGCACGUUGUGAUCCGCCAGCGGCAAGGUUAUGUAGCAACUUGGCUUGUGCUCUAAAGGAAGAUCUGUAACGUUUUUUUUUUUUCUCUAGAGAUGACUGCGCGACGCCACCGGGGUGGUUUCACGAGAGUUUGAUAAAAUGUGUGUGUAUAUAGAGAAUUAAAAGGUUUUCUAAAUA